AUGGUAUUAAUCUCCGCCGACACCGGGCUCAAGGUCUGUGUGGGAAUCUUCUUUCUAAGCUCUUUCUUCCUGGUCGCAUCUUAUAAUGCCACAUUCGCUUUCGACCGCCCAGUUCAUACGGCCGUCAUCGUCUGCUUCCUCACCGGAGUAGUCUUUAUAAUUCUGGGUCGGUUUGUGCCAGCAGCAUCUCGCGCAUACUCGCCGAAGCCCAAAUGGACCGCUGUUCCGUCAUCCGACCAAUUUGAGCUAUCGUCGUCGCCACGAAGCUCGUCUGUAUCAUCUCCAAUCCUGGGUUUCAACGAACCUGUUCUACCCCAGACUCGCUUCUGGCUAUCGCGGUUUUGGUGGAAGGUCGGCCUGUUGUUGACACUCUGUGCCUUGCGAGUUGAGCUGUUUCGCCGAGUUACUCUUCAUUCCGAGUGCGUGCCUGAUGGAUAUUCUUACGCCAUUCCGUUCGUUGUCUCGCUUUACGACUACUGGCGCAACCAGCGAUCACAACCGCGGGAGGAAUAUGUCCAUUUGCAACGGUUCCAAGGACUGCCGGUCCAAUUGGCCUACUCAACCUGUCGACGAAGCUUUCACAUCGUGACUCAAAGUCGCGCUCGAGGAAUCAUUGCUGCGACCUUUCUCUCGAUGGCGGGAUAUAUGGCCUCGUCCUUCACAGAUGGUAGCCAAUCCACUUACGUCUGUCCGAUCGUAAUCCAUGCAGCAGCACGUCUACGGAUCAUCAGAGUUCUCAGUACUUUGAUAGAUUCAAUUCUGCUUAUUGGGGUCGCCGAUUUAUGUCACAUCGGGCCUGAUCACGAGGGGCGGCGGAAAAAGCGAGCAUUGGUGUCACUGGGAGCGGGUCUCUUGGGCAUCGCUCUAAUCUGGAGUAUUAUUUCGAUUUGGAUUACGAACAGUCGUCCUGAACACAGUGGUCAGCCAUUCCUGGAUGUGAAAUACUCACGUGGUGCUCUCGGCGAGGCGCUAUUGAUCGUAUUCUUGGUUACUUCGGCAUGGCAGAUGUUGCCUCAUUAUGGUAUUCUAGGUCUCUCGAUCCUUGGCGGUUUCAUGUUUAUUUACUUCCCCUCGAUGUCUGCCUUCCUCUUUCGACAGAUGCCGUUCCCUUUCAUCUCAACGACUCAUGCCGUUCUCACUGUGGUGGCAUCAUCUACCGGAGCCGUCCUUUUUCUUCUUGCGCGCGUCAUUUCCGAUGAAGAAUCAAAGUCGCUCUACCGUGCGAAUAUUACGCUCCAGAUAGUGUUCGCCUUCCUAUGUGCACUUGCUGUCCUCUUCGCCAUGGGCAAGCACCAAUUCGCGCAUUUACACCCAAUAGACCUCCUCAUUCACAAAGGCUCCAAUCAUUUCGAUGAAUACGUUGCCCAAGCUGGCAGCAGCAAGACUCUCGGAGGUGCUGUUCUGGAAUAUCAAAGACGAUAUGCGCAGCUUCCGCCUCCUGGUUUUGAUAAGUGGUGGGACUACGCAACAAAUCGAUCCUCGUUAGUUAUCGACGAGUAUGAUCAGAUCUACGAUAAUAUGCUUCCUUUCCGAGCGAUUCCCCCCGCGCAAAUCCGGGAGAUGACCCAGAAACUGGCGACAAAUCCUUUCAACGACCUCGGGGCAAUCAGUAUUCGCAAUGGAAAACCGAAGGUCCAAGAAGGCAUCAAGCCGACACAUGCAUGGAUGGUCAAGGGCGCUGCAGAUAUGAUCGAAAACUUCUCCGAGUAUCUUCCAGACAUGGACCUCGUCUUCAAUUUAAAUGACGAGCCGAGAGUCGCAGUACCUUGGGAGAAGACCGUCCGGCUAAAGCGAGAGGCGAGGGCGCAUGAACCCAUUCCCGCAGAAGCGGUGGUGAGCCGCUGGUCUGCCGACAGAGAUCAAGGUUGGGGUCCUGUCGAGCCUGCUGAUCAGACAAACGAGACUAUCUUCACAGAUGGUGCAUGGCGAGGUGUCUGGGAUCCAUAUGUGAGCGCAGUCUGCCCUCCAUCAUCUAGGGCACGCACUCGACGCAUCUGGAAUCGUCGUGACAUUUGCCUGGACUGUGCGGAGCCUCAUACCAUGGGACAAUUCCCCUUGGAUUUCAAUCUGGCCUCUGAAAUCUGCCACCAGCCCGACCUGGCAUUCCUACAUGGCCUUUUGAUCUCUCCCUCCUCGUUCAAGGUAUCCCAAGAGUUGAUCCCCAUCUUCAGUCAAAGCGCUCUCACCGGUUUCAACGACAUCCUCUACCCCAGUCCAUGGAACUACAUGGACAAAAUGAGGUACCAGCCGUCGAAAGAGUACCCGGACCCGGCAUACGAGAAAAAGGACAACAUCCUCUACUGGGUCGGAAGCACAUCCGAGGGAUACAGUCGCUUCAACGAAUGGAAAGGCAUGCCUCGACAACGCUUUGCCCAUCUAAUAAACAACAACACUCAGAAUCAAGUUUCCGUCCUUCUCCCGGCCGGCCAAGGCGUCUACUCCUACGAAAUCAUGGACGGAACCGCACCUACCUCGCAACUUGACCUCCAAACCAACGUCCACCUCGCCGACCCCAUCCAACGUUGCGGAGACUGCGACACCCAGUACCAAGAAAUGGGCACCAUCUCCCACGUCGACUUCCAAUCCCACUGGUCACACCGCUUCCUCUUCGACCUCGACGGUGCAGGUUUCAGUGGCCGAUUCCUUCCCUUUCUCCAAAGCCACAGCCUCCCCUUGAAAGCAGGCCUUUUCCGCCAAUGGUUUGACUCACGCGUCAUCUCAUGGUUCCACUUCGUCCCCAUCGAUAUUCGAUUGCACGGUCUGUGGAGCACCUUGGCUUAUUUCGCCGGUGUGCCGAACCACAGCGAUCCGCACCAUCCUAUGCGCAUGAAGGCGCAUAGUGAGCAGGGGGCGUGGAUUGCUGAGCAAGGACGGAAGUGGACGGAGGUUGCUUUGAGGAAGGAGGAUAUGGAGAUUUAUUUCUUCAGACUUCUUCUUGAGUGGGGGCGUUUGACGGAUGAUAAUAGGGAUGUUCUUGCAUUUGCGCCUCCGUCGGUUUAG